AUUCUUCUGUCGGUCCGUGAGUUUACGGGUGUGGCGGCUGCUAGUCCGACCAACGGUCAGAGAUCAAGAAUUAAAUGCUUAUAAAACUUUACUGAUCUGAUCUUUAUUAACUCCAAACCUACAGCAACAUGAAGACGAUCUCUUUGCUCUUUUUCAUCUCUAUAUUUAUCAACAGUGUGUUUGGUGAUGAAGUGAAGUCAGUGUCAGUGAUGGAGGGAGAUUCUCUUACUCUACACACUGAUUUUACUGACACACAGGCAGAUGAUGUGACAAUAGUAUGGACAUUUGGACCUCAAAAAUCUACCAUAGCUAAAAUCAAUAGAGAACCCAAAGGCAAUCAGAUCUCAAUAUAUGAUGAUGUUCUUGAUGGGAGAUUCAGAGGCAGACUGAAGGUGAAUGAUCAGACUGGAGAUCUCACCAUCACAGACAUCAUAACUCAACACACUGGACUUUAUCAAGUACAGAUCACUGUCAGAAGUAAGAUUAUACAAAAGCGUUUCAAUGUUAAUGGUGUGAUUAACCCAGAAUCAGAUCAACUAAAGUCAGUGUCAGUAAAGGAUGCAGAUUCUGUUACUCUACACACUGAUGUUCUUGAUAUCAAGAAAUAUGAUGUGAUACAGUGGAGAUUUAAAGGGAUUCGUAUAGCUCAUUUCAAUAAAUCAGCCAGUAAAAUAUCAGAAGAUGAUGACAUUCAUGAUCAAAGAUUCAGAGACAAACUGCAGCUGGAUGUUCAGACUGGAUCUCUUAAAAUCAAGAACAUCAGAACGGAUCUCUCUGGACUUUAUGAAAUUGAUCUUACCAGCAGCAGCAGCAGUUAUACCAUACAUCUGUCAUUCACAGUUACUGUCAGUGGUGAAGUGAAGUCAGUGUCAGUGAUGAAGGGUGAUGCUGUCACAAUAAACACUGAUGUUCCUGACAUUAAAACUUAUGAUCGGAUACUGUUGAUCUUUGGGAAUGAUGACAAACGGAUUGCUGAUGUAAAUAAACAGAACAAACAAUUCACUCUUUAUGGGAGAAUCAGAGAUGGACUGACGCUGAAUGAUCAGACUGGAGAUCUCACCAUCACAAACAUCACAACUGAAGAUACUGGACUUUAUGAACUGAAGAUGAGUAGCAGAAGACGAACCAUUCAGAGGAGAUUCAGUGUUAAUGUCAGUGAGCAAGGUCUGUCUCCAGGUGCUAUAGCAGGAAUAUCUGUUUUCAUCAUCCUGCUUGCUGCUGCUGGUGGUGCUGCUGGUGUGAUUUACUAUCGCCGUAAGAAGGCUAAACCAAAACAUCAACAGGGUGAAUCAAAACCAUCGCAAGCGGAUGAGGAAGAAUCAAAACUAUUGCAAGCGGAUGAGGAAGAAUCAAAACCAUCGCAAGCGUAUGAGGGAGAAUCAAAACCAUUGCAAGCGGAUGCGGGAGAACCAAAACCAUCGCAAGCGUAUGAGGUAGAACCAAAACCAUCGCAAGUGUAUGCGGGAGAACCAAAACCAUCGCAAGCGUAUGUGGGAGAACCAAAACCAUCGCAAGCGUAUGAGGGAGAACCAAAACCAUCGCAAGCGGAUGCGGGAGAACCAAUACCAUCGCAAGCGGAUGCGGGAGCACCAAAACCAUCGCAAGCGGAUGCGGGAGCACCAAAACCAUCGCAAGCGGAUGCGGGAGCACCAAAACCAUCGCAAGCGGAUGCGGGAGCACCAAAACCAUCGCAAGCGGAUGCGGGAGCACCAAAACCAUCGCAAGCGGAUGAGGAAGGAUCAAAACCAUCGCAAGCGGAUGCGGGAGAAUUAAAACCAUCGCAAGCGUAUGGGGGAGAUCCAAAACCAUCGCAAGCGUAUGCGGAAGAAGCAAAUCCAUGGCAAGCAAAUGCGGGAGAAGCAAAACCAUCGCAAGCGUAUGCGGGAGAAUCAAAACCAUCGGAAGGGGAUGCGGGAGAAUCAAAACCACCGGAAGGGGAUGCGGGAGAACCAAAACCAUCGCAAGCGGAUGCGGGAGCACCAAAACCAUCGCAAGCGGAUGCGGGAGCACCAAAACCAUCGCAAGCGGAUGCGGGAGCACCAAAACCAUCGCAAGCGGAUGCGGGAGAACCAAAACCAUCGCAAGCGGAUGCGGGAGAACCAAAACCAUCGCAAGCGGAUGCGGGAGAACUAAAACCAUCGCAAGCGUAUGAGGGAGAUCCAAAACCAUCGCAAGCGUAUGCGGGAGAAUCAAAACCAUCGCAAGCGUAUGAGGGAGAACCACAACCAUCGCAAGCGUAUGAGGGAGAACCACAACCAUCGCAAGCGUAUGAGGGAGAACCACAACCAUCGCAAGCUUUUGGGGGAGAUCCAAAACCAUCGCAAGCGUAUGCGGAAGAAGCAAAUCCAUGGCAAGCAAAUGCGGGAGAAGCAAAACCAUCGCAAGCGUAUGCGGGAGAAUCAAAACCAUCGGAAGGGGAUGCGGGAGAAUCAAAACCAUCGGAAGGGGAUGCGGGAGAACCAAAACCAUCGGAAGGGGAUGCGGGAGAAGCAAAACCAUCGCAAGCGUAUGCGGGAGAAUCAAAACCAUUGGAAGGGGAUGCGGGAGAAUCAAAACCAUCGGAAGGGGAUGCGGGAGAAUCAAAACCAUCGCAAGCGUAUGCGGGAGAACCAAAUCCAUGGCAAGCGGAUGCGGGACAAUCAAAACCAUCGGAAGCGUAUGAGGGAGAACCAAAACCAUCGCAAGCGUAUGAGGGAGAACCACAACCAUCGCAAGCGUAUGGGGGAGAACCAAAACCAUCGCCAGUGUAUGAGGGAGAACCAAAACCAUCGCAGGCGUAUGGGGGAGAACCAAAACCAUCGCAAGCGUAUGAGGGAGAACCACAACCAUCGCAAGCGUAUGAGGGAGAACCAAAACCAUCGCAAGCGUAUGGGGGAGAACCAAAACCAUCGCAAGCGGAUUCGGGAGAACCAAAACCAUCACAAUCGGAUGCGGGAGAACCAAAACCAUCGCAAGCGGAUGCGGGAGAACCAAAACCAUCUCAAGUGUAUGGGGGAGAAUCAAAACCAUCGCAAGCAGAUGCGGGAGAACCAAAACCAUCGCAAGCGAAUGGGGGAGAACUGACUGAUACUGACAUACAGAGAGAUGAUGAGAUGAGAUUUAAUGAAACUCUCAUAGCUGAAAUAAAUUCUGCAAACAAUAUUUCCAGUACAUAUGAUGGUAAGAAGUAAUAAUUAAUUUACAUGCAUAUAUCCUAAAAAUGUAUCUUGUGUGACUGAUUUGCUGUAAACCAGAUGAAUUUAGAUUAUGAUUUUAAAUGUAAGUCAAUGAUGCCCUCUGCAGGUUGGGCAUACCAAGAUGGCCGCUCGAACUCUGUGCUGGCUUAACCUCACGCCAGGGGCGAAAAUUCCAUCUUAAUGUUGGGGGAGCAAUAAAGAUAACAUUUU